UCUUAGCAGGCGCAGAAACUGAUAAAGGGGAAAGAAAAAGAAAUAUUUCUUCUGCCCUGCUUUCAUUUCUAUCUACGAAUACGGAUUGAAGUGCUCGAGGAAAGGAAACGAAGAGAGAAGGUAAAGGCUUAAUACCUGCAGAUCUUUAAGAGGCGGACGGGUCGGGCAGAGGAUGAUGAUGAGGGUCAUCGAGGAUGAGCUGUUCCCUUCGACGCCGGGGAAGGUGAAGAUAGAGAGGACGCAUGCGGCCAGCAGGCAGUUCCAUCGCUGCUUCGCCUCCACAAGUACUCUCUUCCUAUGGGCGCUGCUCCUCAUCGCCCUCACCGCCUCUUACCUCAGCUUCCAGAGCUUCGUCGACACGUCUUCUCGCUACUUCACUGCCUCCUGGGGCGGCCUCCACUGGGAGCGCCAGAUCCGCGCCUCCGCCGCCGUCCGUCGCGACGAUGGGAUCGCGGUCCUCGUCACGGGCGCCGCGGGCUUCGUCGGCACGCACGUGUCCCUCGCGCUCCGCCGACGCGGCGACGGCGUGGUUGGCAUCGACAACUUCAACGCUUACUACGACCCCUCCCUGAAGAAGGCCCGCAAGGCGCUGCUCGCCGGCCACGGAGUGUUCGUCGUGGACGGCGACAUCAACGAUGCCCGCCUCCUAGAGAAGCUGUUCGACACCGUGCCCUUCACCCACGUGAUGCACCUCGCCGCCCAGGCCGGCGUCCGCUACGCCAUCGAGAACCCGGCCUCCUACAUCCACAGCAACGUCGCCGGCCUCGUGACCCUCUUGGAAGCCUGCAAGUCCGCCGACCCGCAACCCGCCAUCGUCUGGGCUUCCUCGUCCUCCGUUUACGGCCUGAACGACAAGGUCCCCUUCUCGGAGUCGGACCGCACCGACCGCCCGGCCUCCCUCUACGCUGCCACGAAGAAGGCCGGCGAGGAGAUCACCCACAUCUACAACCACAUCUACGGCCUCUCCAUCACUGGGCUCCGCUUCUUCACCGUCUACGGGCCCUGGGGCCGGCCGGACAUGGCCUAUUUCUCCUUCACCCGUAACAUCCUCCAGGGGAAGCCCAUCACCGUCUACCGCGGCCGCGACGGCACCGACCUCGCCCGCGACUUCACCUACAUCGAUGACAUCGUCAAGGGGUGCGUGGCGGCCUUGGACACGGCGGAGGCGAGCACCGGGAUCGGAAAGCAGAAGCGGAGGCCGGCGCAGUACCGGAUCUACAACCUCGGGAACACGUCGCCGGUGACGGUGCCGGCGCUGGUGAGGAUUCUAGAGCGAUACCUAAAGGUGAAGGCGAGGAAGAACAUGGUGGAGAUGCCAGGCAACGGGGACGUGCCUUUCACGCACGCCAACAUCAGCUUAGCGCGCGCCGAGCUCGGCUACAAGCCGACCACCAACCUGGAGACGGGUCUCAAAAAAUUCGUGAAGUGGUACCUCUCUUACUACGGCUACAGUCGAAGAGCAGGAGGUAAGCACCAAUAACUUGUAGAACAACAAUAUUAUUCUUAUUUUUUGAACUCAUUUUAUUAGGUAUGAUUAUGAAUGGAUGACAAAUAACAGUACGUCUUCUAUGUUCUAAA